UUUGUUUCCAACACUGCCUGCAAAUUACAAGAAGACGCGAUAAUGACGACAGCAAUGUAGAGAUAUUGACCCAGUGCGACCAAACUUAUAUCUAGGCCUAGACCUAAAGCACAUCUUCGUGUGUAUCAGAUUUAGAAUAAUCAGUUGACAACGUUAAGAUACGCAUAAGAUUAAUAACGAUGAUGAUACAAUUAUUAUUCUUAAUUCCCUUGAUCGCUAUUGAUUAUGGUGCAUCAAUGAAAUUAGUAACGAGAAUUGUAGGAGGAAGACGUGCCUGUCGAGAUGAAAUCCCAUAUCAGGUUUCUCUGCGAAAUGAAAAUGACAUGCAUUUCUGCGGUGGAGUUAUAAUUAACAAGUAUUACGUGCUAACUGCUGCUCACUGUGUACCUAAUGCAAACACUUCGGGUUUAUCGGUCGUUGCGGGAACAACAGAUUUACAAAAACCGUAUUCAAGGCAUCUGGUUCAGUCCAUUUUCGUACACGAAGAGUACAAUCCCCCACCUUUGGCCAAUGAUAUCACUUUACUUAGGCUUCAAAAACCAUUAAAAUUUUCUUCUCGGAUAUGUUCUGUCAAUUUACCGAAACAAAAUCAAACUGUCAAGGGAGGCUCGAUAGCAGAAGUAUCGGGAUUCGGAAUAAUAUCUCCUGAAGGAGAGGAGGCUGGACAUUUAUAUGUUGUAGAUAAUAUUAUAACUAAUGACGCUUAUUGUAAAGAAUUGUUUGAUACAGCAGCAAAUAUAACCAUUGAGGAUACGCAAAUCUGCGCAAAUGAUCCAACCAUACAAAAGGGUGCAUGCGUGGGUGAUUCCGGUGGCCCUCUUACUGUCAAUGGACUACUAGUAGGGCUCGUCUCGUUUGGGCUUUAUCCUAACAUUUGUACUAGCACAGAAUAUCCCGCUGUGUAUACACGCGUUUCGUCGUACAUUGAUUGGAUAAAUAAGAAUAUGGAAAAAAUUUAACGAAAUAUAAUCUGUUUUGGUACUUA